CUCAACCCUUUCUCCCCCGGAAGAAAAAAAAAAACAUCGUGCGAAGUGGGAAACAUGAUGGAUUCUCUCGAGUUUUGGGGAACUCCUCUACUUUUUGUUUCGCUUUCGUUUUCCUUGCUCUUGCUGUGCUUACCGAGUAGGCAUGUUCCACCUGGGAGGGGCGAGAAGCCACGAAUUGUGGUUUUAGUACUUGGGGAUAUUGGACGGAGUCCUCGUAUGCAAUAUCAUGCUUUAUCAAUUGCGCGGAAAGGUGGAUUGGUGGAAUUGGUUGGAUACGACGAAUCCGCUCCGAGACCUGAGCUCACGGAUAAUCCGAAUAUCAAAAUGUGCCCGUUGCCCCCGCCUCCAGGCUUCCUCAGAACCGAUACCCCAAUUCGAUUCAUUUUGUUUGCUCCUUUGAAGGCACUUUUCCAGCUUACGUCUAUGCUCUACUUGCUCUGCUACAUCAUCCCACCAUCGACUGGAUACAUUCUGCUCCAGAACCCACCGGCGAUACCUACGCUAGCUGUAACAAAACUUGUCGGAGCUCUACGGGGGAUGAAAACUGUUAUUGACUGGCAUAACUUUGGUUGGAGCGUCUUACAGCUCAAACUCAAGGAGCACCCGAUAGUCUACUUUUGCAAAAUUUAUGAGAUGUUUAUCGGAAGGGGCGCGUAUGCAAACUUUACGGUAACAGACCGUAUGGGCCUGACUUUGAAGAACGAUUGGGGAGUCAAAACCCCCAUCAAAACCCUGUACGAUAGACCACCAACCCACUUCACCCCACUCUCACCCGAAGAGCGCAAUAAAUUCCUAGAAUCACACCCGGCAACUGCCCGCCAUGCAUCUGCAAUAGCCUCGGGCUCAACCCGCCUCUUAAUCUCCAGCACCUCCUGGACUCCAGACGAAGACUUUAGUCACCUCCUUGGGGCUCUACUGAUUUACGACCGAUGGGCGUCCGGCGUCAAUUUCCUAAAGCCCGGAUCUGCGCCUUCAAUCCUUGCGGUCAUCACUGGAAAGGGACAACUUCGUGACCAGUAUAUGGCUCGUGUAGAGACACUUGAAUUCCAGCACGUUACCAUUGAGAGUGUAUGGCUUGAAUCUGAAGAUUAUCCUAAGAUGGUUGGAUGUGCGGACUUGGGCGUUAGUUUGCACACCAGCACGUCUGGGGUGGAUCUUCCGAUGAAGGUGGUCGACUUGUUUGGCGUGGGGGUUCCCGUCGCAGCAUUUGAAUACUUGGCUAUUAGUGAGCUUGUGAAGGAUAGGGUUAAUGGAAUUGUGUUCAAGACCGGGGAGGAGUUGGGUAAUGCACUUGUUAAUUUGUUCAAUCCUGCGUCGCAACAGUUGAAGAAGUUGAGGGAGGGGGCUCUGGCGGAGACUGAGAAUCGCUGGGAUGAGAAUUGGGAUAAAGUUGCCGCGCCGGUGUUUGGGCUUUGA